AUGGAUGUUUAUUCGCUUAUAAAUCAUAAUUCCCCUUCUCCACGAAUUCAUCAUUCCUCGACAUCGCAGGAACAAGUUAACUGCAUACCCGAAUUCUCUUCGUUUGAGCAUCAAAAGGAAAAUAUUUUACCUUUAAAACAAGGUCGAAGUGGUGCUUCGUUAUCUAGAGUCUUCUCUGGUGAUUCUUACUCUUUCGGAAUUGACCUACAGGCUGGUCAUGCUCAAUUCAGAGCUGAGCUUGAGAAUCUCAAUGAGCUUGAUGAUCCUUUUGAUGUUUACCAUCGUUACAUAAAAUGGACUAUUGAAAAUUACCCCCAAGGUCAAACUCCCCAAUCAAAUUUAGUCCAACUUUUGGAACGCGCUUCUCUAAGUUUUGUCAAUGAUUCGCGCUAUAAAAGUGAUCCAAGAUAUUUGAGAUGUUGGUUACAAUAUGCAAAUUUUAUCGGAAAAACAAAACAGCUAUUUGAUUUCUUGAAAAUCAACGAAAUUGGCAUCAAUCUAGCUGCUUACUAUGAAGAAUAUGCUGAACUAUUGGAAACCCAACCACUGGAACGUCUUAUCCGUCGAUAUAACCAAUUUAAAGCGCGUUUAAACUCGUCACGUGAUUUCGAAGCAUCACAAAAUCUUCCUCAAAUUGAGAAUCCCCAUCGAACCAUUCUUGGUAUAAAACCUUCUGCUUCAUCAACACGAUCAGUUCCAUUAAAUGUUUUUAAUCAAAGAAAUUCUACUCUUCCAAAUAUCGUUGAUUCAACUACCUAUCAACAUAAUCAUAAUGAGAAAUUUUCUGUAUUUUAUGAUCCAAAUGGUGAAUUAGGGAAUGCUGCAUUAGUUUCUGAAAAUAUUUCUUCAUCUUGGAAUAAUUAUGGAACAGAUAUUACCAAUAAAAAAGAGAACAUUCGAGAUGCUGAAAAAUGGAAAGGAAUAACGUUACCUCAAGCUCGAAAGCCCAAUGUUCCAACCACUUCGAAAUUGAAGAUUUAUCAUGAUGAACUCCGAAAUGAAAAAAUAUUUGUAGACCUUAAUACAAUUUAUGUUGACGGAAACGAAUUUUCUUUUGAAGAACUUCGUGCGAUGGCUUUAAAACAACAUUCAAUAAUUUCCAGCAGUUACAAUAAUAGAAUGUGUGUAGAUAAUUUUGAAAAUAACGUUAAUGAAUUAAACACUAUGGAUCAAAAAUUGAAAGACGAAUCUAGGUCCAUUUCUCCAAAGAAACUUGCCAAAAAACCUUCUCCAACCAUUAAUACUAAAGCUGCUUUGGCCGAUAUAUUGGAAAUUUUUAGUCAACCAAUGAACUACGAGAAGUCAGACGAUGAUACGGACGAAGACGACAUAACAUCUGUAUCAAAAUAUGAUAAAUUAUUUAUUCGCAAAACUCCUCGGAAUAAUAUUAUAAAUGAUGAAAAUGUUGCUCCAUCAAAUUAUUCUGAUAACCAUGGCAACUUUAGAAUGGUUCCGUUUGAACUCUUGACACCGAUACAAGAAACUAGCCGAGAAUAUAGGUCAAACUCUACAUCUUUCUAUCAUUCAGAUGGUUUUAUAACUUUAGAUUUAGGAUCUAUGACCGGAACACCUAAGCAUAAAAAUAUGGAGCAAUUCGGUGAAUCCCUCUUUAUGAAACCUCCACGAUUAUUUCCGGUGCCUUCAAAUCCUUGCAAUCCAUUAGAUACAAGAUUAAUUGAUCAGAUUUUGUCUUCUUUAAACCCUUCAUUGGUACAAUAUUCUGGUUUUUAUGAUCUGAGAGGUGAAUGUUCAAAUAAUCAUGCGAAAUUAGAAAGAAUUGCCCGAAAUUGGGAUAAAAACUGUCGGCGUCGUUCUAGUAGCGCAACUAAUUUAGAUGAACCGAUCAGGUUAUUUAAUGACUCCUUCUUAAUCCGUCAAAAGAUUGGUGAAGGUGCAUAUGGUAAAGUUUAUCGUGUAUUGGAUCUUAAGUUCGUGUCCGAAAGUCACAAAGACCCACGGGCGUCACGUGCUUUAAAACUUCAAAUGCCUUCUACAGCUUGGGAAUUUUACAUAAUUCGAAAAUUACAUGAAAGAAUUAGCUCUCCUACAAUUAAUUCCAUAAUAACUGCACACUCUUUGUAUUAUUAUAAAGAUGAAAGUUAUUUGCUUACUGAGCUUUGUUCUCAUGGAACGAUCGUGGAUGCUAUAAAUACUGCAAAAAGAGAGAAUUCUACAAUGGAUGAAAUUUUAGUAAUUUUUUUUACUAUCGAACUUAUGAAAAUAGUCGAAGCGAUUCAUGAAGCGGGAGUAAUUCAUGGUGACAUAAAGGCGGAUAAUUGUCUAUUGAGGUUAGAGCGAACAGUUGAGUGGGAUCCUCAAUAUGAUCCAUCAGGUGCCCAUGGUUGGUCAAAGAAAGGGAUUAAACUAAUCGACUUUGGAAGAGCAAUUGAUGUUACAUUAUUUCCUCCUGAUAUGAAAUUUAUAGCUGAUUGGAGAUGUGAUGAUCAAAAUUGCAUUGAAAUGAGAGAAGGUAGACCAUGGAAAUGGCAAGCAGAUUAUUACGGUUUAGCUGGCGUAAUACAUUGUAUGCUACAUAAUGAAUAUAUGCAAAUUACUCCUGUGCGAAUGGAUAUCGAUUCAUUCUCAUCAGGUGCAACUAUUUCGACAAAAAAAUAUAAGCCGAUACAAUCCUUCAAACGUUAUUGGCAAGGAAAUCUAUGGGCUAGGCUAUUUGAUAUGCUAUUGAACCCAUCUUUAGUUCGUUCAGACGGACGAUUACCAAUAACUCAAGAAUUAAAUAGUAUAAGAAAAGAGUUUGAACAAUAUUUGAUUGCUAAUUGCGAAAAAAUUGGAAAGGAGUUAAAAGCGCAAUUGAAGAGAUUAGAAGUUAAUAGUGAAAUAAAUUAUCAUGGUUGA